AUGACGGAAAACAAGCACCCACAGGUUAUUUACUGCAACGACUCGCCGAAAAGAGUUUUGGUUUCAGUUAUAAAGACCACCCCGAUCAAGCCGCGAAAGGAGCACGCGAUGACCCCCACCAGCCCUGGAUUCAGUGACUUUAUGGUCUAUCCGUGGAAGUGGGGAGAGAACGCUCAUAACGUGACUCUGAGUCCGGGGUCUGCGAGUGGCGCCUCGUCCCCCACGGGCACACAGACGGUCACGGAGGCGGACCAGGCAUCCUCCCCGGACCAGUAUAAGGAUGGCAUUAGGAGAGGGCGGCCACGAGCAGACACUGUUAGAGAGCUGAUAAGCGAAGGCGAGACUUCGUCAAGCCGUAUCCGCUGUACCAUUUGCAACCGAGUGUUUCCCCGCGAGAAGUCUCUACAAGCUCACAAGAGGACACAUACAGGAGAACGACCCUACUUGUGUGAUUAUCCAAACUGCGGAAAGGCCUUUGUCCAGAGUGGCCAGCUGAAGACGCACCAGCGACUGCACACCGGAGAAAAACCUUUUGUUUGUUCAGAAAAGGGAUGCGGAAAUCGGUUCACACACGCCAAUCGCCAUUGUCCUAAGCACCCUUUCUCUCGCCUGAAGAGGGAAGAACCAAAAGAAGGUCACGGGAACGCUAACAUGGUAGACAACAAGGCAGUGGCCGAGUGGCUGGCAAAGUACUGGAAAACCCGAGAAGAACGCGCCCCCACUACCCUCAAAAUGAAAUCGCAGGGUAAGGGCCGAGCCGAGGACCAGGAGCAGCAGGACCCCAUGGAGUUCCUUCAGUCGGACGAGGAGAACGAAGACGAGGAGGAGAUGAUGGUGGAGGAGGAGAAGAGCGCUCAGCCGGGGGGAGCAGCCAAGCGCCGCCUCCAGGAGCAGAGGGAACGUCUUCACGGAGCUCUGGCACUUAUCGAGCUGGCAAACAACUUGUCUGCUUAA